AUGUUGGUCCAUGCACCGCAUUUAAUGAAUCAUAGAAAUCCUUAUGUUGGCGGCGUUAGACCUAACGUUCCGUCUAUUUUACCUCCUUUGUCCACUAUAAAUUCCUGGUGCAGUGGAGAUCCCGAGUCGACUAUUGGCGCAUCUUGUGAAAAUUACUCCUCGCAGUCGUCAGGAUCCUUCUCAUGCGCAACAAACACCGCAUUCUUCUCCGACACUUAUGCGCCAGCGGUCAUACACUUGUCGUCAAACCAUUCGAGCUGCUUACAGUUUGCGCGACUACUUGUCUCCUCAGUAGUAAAGGCUGUCUGUUCCUGGAGGCGCUUCCAUAGGAUGCGGACUGAAUCCGUCGUGUUAACGUCUCCAAGGCGCAUGGCCGUCGCAUUUUCCAAUUCCAUCCUCUUUGCAUUACCUAAAGAACGAAUAGUAAAUCUCCACUGGUUCACCAUAGAGAAACAGUUCAUGGAUUUACAAGCAUACACGUACCAUACAGUUCGCACCAACCUGUUAUCAGUUCCACCCUCAACUCCACGCAGUGCACGCGGCAUGCACAUUUCACACAUGUCACGCUGGUGUUUGAUA